AUGAAGCUCUCUGGUCUCUUCGGCCUCCCGGCCUUGCUGGCCGCGACCGUCCUGGCGCCCGCGGCGCUCGUUGGGGCCGAACACACGAGCAACUGGGCAGUGCUAGUCUGCACCUCACGAUUUUGGUUCAACUACCGGCAUCUGGCGAAUGUCUUGUCCAUGUACCGCACUGUCAAGCGGCUAGGGAUUCCCGAUUCGCAAAUUAUCCUCAUGCUCCCCGACGACAUGGCCUGCAACCCACGCAACGCCUUCCCUGGGACAGUCUACUCUAACGCCGACCGCGCCGUCGACUUGUAUGGGGACAACAUCGAGGUGGAUUACAGGGGAUACGAAGUCACGGUGGAGAACUUCAUCCGGUUGCUAACAGACCGUGUUGGGGAGGAGAUGCCGCGCAGCAAGAGGCUCUUGACGGACGACCGAAGCAAUAUCCUCGUGUACAUGACGGGUCACGGCGGGAACGAGUUCCUCAAGUUUCAGGAUGCUGAAGAGAUCGGUGCCUUCGAUCUUGCCGACGCAUUCGAGCAGAUGUGGGAGAAGAAGAGAUACAACGAAAUUCUCUUCAUGAUCGAUACCUGCCAGGCCAAUACCAUGUACAGCAAACUCUACUCGCCCAAUAUCAUUGCCACCGGCUCCUCCGAGCUUGAUCAAUCGUCGUACUCGCACCACGCCGACAACGACAUCGGCGUCGCCGUCAUCGACCGCUACACAUACUACAACCUGGAGUUUCUCGAGACCGAGGUACGCGAUACGAGUAGCAAGAAGACGGUAGGCGACCUGUUUGACAGCUACACGUUCGAGAAGAUCCACUCCCACGCGGGCGUCCGCUACGAUUUGUUUCGUGGCGGCGCCGAGGCAGCACGGAAGCGGCUCGUCACGGACUUUUUUGGAAACGUACAGAACGUCGAAGUUGACGCGGCUAAGAAUACAACGGCUUUGGAUGAGGAUAUACUCGCGCUCAGCCGGACGAUCGCGGCGCUGCAUCGAAAAGCCGAGGAAGAGGAAACUGCGCUGAAGAAGAAUGUCAGUGGAGAGGCUGAGACGACAUCGCCCAAGCAGAAGAAGGUGCAGUUUGCCAAGCCGCUAACAGACGAGAACUGGUGGACCAAGAAAAUCCUCGGGGCGGCCGCUGUUGCCGGGUGCACGGCGCUUUGGGGGUUAAGCUCGCUUCUUGAAGGGUCGGGGAGGUAA